UUGUAAAGAACAUAAUAAGAUGACGAAUAUUUUAAAAAGUGUUGAAAAUGAAGGGAAGGAAGAAGAUAAUGGCUUGUUAGAUUCUGGCAGAGAUAGUGGAAUAUCGAGCGAUUCGCCAAGAUAUCAAGAAACAAAUGCAAAAUUAAAUCAUUUGGAAAUCCAACUUGAGAGAAUUGCUUUAUCUUCUCGCCAAGAGCUACAAGAAGCAAAAAAAAAGUUAGAGAAUUUAAGAUUUACACGUCUUGAAGAAAAUGUGUUGCCAAAAGAUGAAAUAAGUAACCUGAAGAAAACGACUGGCAAAGAGGAAAACAAGUUAAAUUUUAUAGAAAAACCACUAAACAAUUUUGCAGAUCAGAAAGCAUUGUGUUUGAGGAAGCUAUCCGAUCUGGAAAAGGGACAAGUCAUAGGUAGCGAGAUUACCAUGCUUCAAGAGCAAGAAAUAGCCCAACUCGAAGUGAAGUUAAAAGAACACGAAUUAGAACGAUUUACUAUGUCGCAACAACUCGAUCACCAACGUAAAUUAAUAAUAGAAAAGGAUAAACAACGACUGAAACAGCAAGGCGAAGUUUAUAUCCUUAAAGAGAGGAUGUCGCAGUUAGAAGAAACAAAUAUGUUCUUAAAAACCGAAAGUGGAGAUACGUUGGAAAGAUUUAGAAAUUCUGAAAGGGAGGUGAACACUCUGAAAAAGGAUGUGGAGGUGUUAAAUAAGGAGUUAGAAAAGUUCAAACAUGAAUCCAGCAGUUCAAGGUUAGAAAUGCAGCAAUUAAAAUCAUCAAAUACACGUUUAGAAGAUUUAGUUGUGAGUGAAAGAACACAAGUACAAGACCUACAAGAACAACUAAGAAGUCAAAUAAAGAGGUAUCAAAACCAAGAAGAAGAUUUUCACAAACGAGAACUUUUGCUACAGCAGGAUCUAGAUCACGCCUCUUUUAACGAAUCGAAACUUUCAGAGAAAUGUGAGGAACUUGAGCAACUUUAUCAUACUACGCGAAGAAAAAAAGACGAGCAACAUUUUGAGCUGAAACAGUGCCAAGAACGUGUUAAGGUUCUAGAAGAAGAGUUGAACGAAAUUGAAGAGCAGAAGGCUAGACUGGAAGAUAGUAUGAACGAAAUGCAACAUGUUUUGAAGAAAUACGUUUACGAAGAGGAGAAUAUGGCAAGUUCACCAAGAUAUUCGCCAAAAUUAGACCUAAACUUGACAAGGACAAUAUCGCCUGAAGCAAUGAAUGAUUACUUCCAACGGAACGCAUCAAGAACGAGCCACCUGCAACUCGAAGUGACCGACCUUACUACACAAAUACGCAUGGAACAACAAAUCAUGGCAGAGUUAAACAGCACUGUCGCUGAUGUCAAGUCGCAGUUAGAGAAAACUCGGGCAAACUUGAAAAUGACUUCGAAGUUAAAAGACACUUUGGAAUUGGAGUGUGAUAGAGCAAAUGAGACGAUACGAAUGCAAGAAAGAGAAUUACAACGUAAAUCAGAAGAAAUUUCACAUCUCCAAGAGAGACUGAAAGAAUUUGAAGAUCGUGUCAUGUAUUUGGAAAGUGAACUCACCAAGUCUACCAACGACAACACAAAAUCGGCCAUGCUUUACAAAGAAGAAAGAAAGACACUGAAAAUCAAACUACAAGAAAUUGAAAACGAAUACCAUCUCUUGGAUUCAACGAAAAAGAGGCAAGAAGCAAAGCUGCAGGACGAGAAGUCAAGUCUAAACGAAGAAAGAAGGAAUAAAGAGCUUCAAUGCGAAGAAUUAAAAAAAGAAAAUAAAGAUAUAAAGAAAGAAAUGGAAAACUUAAUUGAAGAUAACAAAACGUUGGCGCAAAGGUUAAUCCAUUUAGAGACUUAUUCCGAAAAACUUGGUUCCGUGGUAGAAAAGCACCAAGCUGAUAAAGAUAAAUUAAAAGAUAAAAUUCAAAAAGAAAUGCGAAGUCACAAAACAGUGUACGAAGAAAAAAAUAUGGAAAUUUCAAGUUUAACGCAAAAAUUGCACGAUAUGAAUCGAAGCAUGCACGAGAAAUCGACCCAAAACGAAAUGUUGGGAGGUAAAAUAAAAAAUGCUAAAAUUGAUCGCAAAAACCUAGAAAAUCACAUUAAAACUCUAACUAACACGAAUGAAGAAUUGCAAAAUAAAAAUAAAAUUAUUAACGACGCUCACACAGCAGCCGAAAGAAAAGCGAUAUCUUUACAAAGUGAACUUAAAGAAAUGGCGAGACGUUUCGAUGGUCAAAACGAAAACAUCGAUGAGCUGUUUGCGAAAAUGACUUUAAUCGAAAACGAAAACAAGACUUUACGAGAUAACUUUACAAACGCUGAAAAGCGUUUGGAGUUGAAAGAAUCUCUAAUAGUCGAAAUGACGAAGAAAACAAACGAGGCCGCAGAAAAUUACAACGCCUUGAAAUCUUCAAUACGCCAAGCUGAAUUGGAAGGGCGCGACCACGAACAGAGAAUGUAUACUUUACGAAACGAGAAUAUGUCUUUGGAAAAGUCAAUGCGAGAAAUAAGCGAUGAAAACGCGCACUGGCGGGAGCAAGUUUCAAACAUGCGUCGAUUGUUGUCGAAAACAGAGGACGAAAAAGAGAAAAGUUUCAACGAAGCUACGUACCUGCAACAUGAGCUCGACUCAGAGCGUUUGAAAAUGAAACAAAAAAACGAGCAAACGAACAAAGAACAAAAGGUCGCUAUCAGCGAAUUGCAAUCAAAGAUUUCAUCCUUGAAAGACGAAUUGACCCAAGAAAGAAGAUUAAGGCAACGUCUAGAAGUGUUGUACAACCAACGUGAUGGUCAAGUGAGUAAAUUACGGAACACUUUUGAUGAAUCGUUAAAUACAAUAACAAACGAUACAAAAAACAUCAAACAUAUACUCGGAAAAUCCCUUAAAAAACUCGAUCGGCAGAUUUUACAUAACGAUGGCCUCGUCACUGAUUCCGAUUUUACCGAAACGGAUGAUCAAUUCUUAUCUCCUGAAAACAAACAACGUAGUCGAUACCAACAUUACAAUUCUGCAAGUCGUCGAAGUAAAUCGUUAGAACCGUCCGUGGACACACUGGGCGAGAGAAAUAAAGUUCGAACACCUUCACCUUCGUUCGAGUCACAUGAAUACGGAAAAGACAAACUGCAUUCCUCCGUGUUGCUACCCUCUUCGAAGCCUCAACUUUUGAUGCGGGAAUACAGUAGUGGAAAGUCACCACGAGAUUCCACACCAAAGAAUAGACGUUCUUAUAAAAGGGUUUCUAGAUAACAUUUUAUAGAUUUUUAGGUGCAAGUUUUUAUUAUAUUCUGAAAAAAAACGAAAAAAAAAACAACAGAAAAUGCCCCCGUGAUAGAUUUCUUGAGGUCCAAUGAGUUUGAUGAACUAAAUAAGAGAAUAAUAAACUUUCACGAUAAUUUAACCUCAUAUUUCGUAAAAGUUUCUUCCGCAAAGCACGCCAAAAUUGCUUAACCGAAAAAGUUUAUUCUCGCGAAAUGUCAAAAGUACGGAAAAAACGCAAAAAUUUAACAUACCGUAAACUUCCAGUCAAAAAGUCUAAUGAUUUAGUAAUAAAUUGCGAUUUUUAUUGUUAAAAUCGCAAACCACAAGAAUUUACUUCCGCGAGGUAUAAAAACUCUCGAAUCCGCGAGAGUGUAUUCCUGCAAAAGACUUAACCACAAAAGUUAAUUCCCAAAAUCUAGAGGCGUUUUAGAUACUGAAAAUUGUAACCAUAUUCGCAAAAAUUUAUGUACACUAAAAUUACCUGGAAAGGUUAAUUUGCGAAAGUUAAAUUUUCGCGAGUUUUAUGGUGGUGGUUGCUUAUUAUGUCCUUCUGCUUGAUAGAGUUACGCCUUGUUAUUUCUUGUUUUUUGUUAUUAAUAAACUUUUGGGAUAAAAACGGAAACUAAAUUUCUUAA